AUGAACAUUCAAGAGGCCACGUCGUUGUCAGCCACCAUUAAGGUCUCCAAGAGUUCCUCAGGAAAUAGUGAACCCUCAACCAGCAAAAGAAAAUCUGAUGAGACCGAUGCAAACAAACAAACAAAGAAACAUCAACGUGGUGCCGCAGUCAGAUUAACUGAAACACUUGAAACGGAAACCAAGACAGAGGUGAAGAAGAUCAUGCAACGUAUCAAAAGCAAACUUGAUGAUCUGCCUUCUACCAAACUCAUUGACUUCCUCAGAGGUAAAAUCCAAACUUUGGAGAAAGACAAAAAAGAGAUAGUGGGUGUUUUUGGGAAGACUGGAGCUGGUAAGAGCUUCUUGAUUAACACCAUCUUGGGUGAGAAGAAACUGCUGCCCUCUGGAAACCAAGGGGCGUGCACCUCGGUCAUGAUUCAGGUGGAGACCAAUAUGACAGACUCUAAAUACAUCGCGGAGAUUGAGUUUAUCACAGAGAAGGAAUGGAAAGAGGAGCUAUGGUCCAUCUUCAGAGACAGAUCUUAUGAGGAUGGAAAUGAUGAAGACCAGGAAAGGGAUGAUGAUGAUGAUGACGAUGAUGAAAAGAUAUCAGCUUUGUAUGGAAAAGAUGGACGUGGGGCAACCUUAGAAGAAUUAAUGGACAGGAAGCACUUCAGAGAAAUUCCAGAGUUUCGUUUAUCAGUGAAGAAAAUAUUUCUAUGUGAUACAGCUGAAGAACUCUCUGAACAGAUAACUUGUUACACACGGAGUGACACACAGAGUGAUACAUUUAAAAGACAGUAUUGGCCGCUUGUGAAGUGUAUAACCAUCAAGGUGCCAAACUCCAAAGACCUGCUGGAGCAUGUUGUGCUGGUUGAUCUUCCAGGCAAUGGAGACAGCAACAAGAGCAGAGAUGAGAUGUGGAAAUCGUUUGUUGGAAACUGCUCUGCUGUAUGGAUUGUAAGCGACAUUGCAAGAGCAACUUCAGAAAAGGAAUCAUGGGAGAUUUUAGACAGCACCGUUAGCCUCAUCGGGCCUGGUGGAGAAUGUCGAAGCAUCAGUUUCAUCUGCACCAAGACAGACGACAUUGAGGAGAAUCAAAAGGCAAAUGCACGUACCUGGAUUUUGCGCAGAAAUGAAACAACCAAGAGGCAAGUGAGGGACAAAUUCAACAAACAAAAAGAAGUCAAGAAACACUUCAGUGGGGGAAAGGAUUUCCUUCAGGUGUUUACUGUGAGUUCCAAGGAAUACCAAAAGGAAAAGCAUUUGCAACAAGAAGAGACAGAAAUACCCAAACUUCAGGAAUUUCUCAGAAAUCUCAAUGAUCGUAGUACAAAGACUUCAGAUUAUGUUUCUGGAGCCUAUGGGAUCCUCUCUCUGAUAGAAGGAGCCAAAAGCAGUGACAUGACAGACAGCAAAGAAGAGGUGUGCCAGGUUCUGGAACAGAGACUCAAGGAUAAGAUCAAGUCCAUUGGUCAAACUAUGGAUGAGGCUUAUGAGACUUUUGAACGAUGCCUCUCAGAAGGAGUUCGACAGUCAGAAGAAUCAUGCGAAAAAUUAAUGAACAAAGUGAUAGCACCUGGAGGGAAAAAAGGCAGUGGAUAUCAUAAAGUAGUGAAGACUUUGUGCAAGAAUGGCGGCGUUUACAAACCAAAAGGGAAAAAGCAAAGGAGAAGGGAAAUAAACCUUAAUGAGAGUUUAGCCUCAUGUAUGAUCAAGCUCAUUGAUGAAGAGUUUAAGACAUAUUUCCCAAAUGAGGGCAAACGUGGCCCAAUCAGGGAGCAGAUUGAGACAUUCACCCUUGACACGAACAGCUUGGUUGGGGAGCACCCAGAAGUGUCACUGCAUCUGAUAUUCCUCAAGACAGAGGAAACUGAAUUGAAGGCAAAACUAAUCUGUGACCUCCGUGAGAAAAAGAAAAAAAUCUACUCCACUCUAACCGAGUCAAUCAAGGACUCCAUGCUUCAAUGCUAUAUAAGGGCAUCAGAGCAGACAGGAAAAGAUUCUCUGAAAAGGAUGAAAGAUGAGCUACAUCAUCACAUGAAGAAUAACAACCCUUUCCAGAAGGCCAAGGAAGAUAUGCUGGGUGGUUUAAUCAACCUAAAGGAUCACAUCAUGAUGCAGCUGAAGUGUAAACUACAAGAAUCAAUGGAUCUCUCACUGAAGACCCCCAACAGCUCGUUCCUCCCAGAUGAUGUCACUGUGGAGUAUAACAAGAUAAAGAUGUACUAUGAGAAACUGAUGGGUUGCUCUAGUACAGUACAAUUCACUCCAAGACUGGAUUUGCACAUAAAAACUACUACAUUUGAAUCACAGUCUGGGAAUAGAAGGAAGCGCGUGCAGGUGUCAACAGGUGUAACAAUGUUAAAUCCUGAGAUUGUCAAAGAUCUUACAACACAUAACCACAAUCCUACUUAUAGGCUCCAAUGCCCCAAGGCAGGUCUUUUCCAGUGCAGUUCCACUGGACUGGUGUUUCUGAUGGAAGGGAAGGGAGAUGUGGUUUACAAGGUGACUCAAUGGGACAGCAGACUCCUGGGCUCCAGGAUACCAGCAGGACCCCUAUUCAGCAUUGACUGUCCUGAGCAGUCUGUCCGCCAACUGCAUCUCCCACACUGCAUGUGUGAUGAGAAGGAUGACAAUUUGUCCGUGGCCCAUGUUACUGAUGGCAACAUGGAGAUUGUUCAGUCACUCAAGACGACUGCUACACACGUGAUUGUAAACAUCACACACCUCUCCCUCUUUGGCCUCGUCAGGGAUGUGUUCUCCUUCCUCCCGGUCCGAAGCCAGGUGCUGCUGUUCCUCCGACCACAAGGGAACAGACACCAGAAGCGCAAACUGAGUGUUAUGUUGUUGCCCAAUAAUGUGCCACUUUGUGAGGUGGAACAUCAACAGAAGGGGAGUACUUUCAUUAAAACCAGCUCCAACUGCACAUUGACUCCUAGAGGAAAAUAUGGUCUCUGCUGUGAGCGGGUGGCAAAUUCUACCAUACAGCCAAAAAGUGGGCAGUUUGACUAUGACUAUAGCCCAAACUUCCACCCCACAUUUCAGGUGUUUUUAGACUGCAUGUCGGGUGCAGAGAACAUCAGACUGAGUCUUUUAGACAGAGGAAGUAACGACCAAAGAGUAUGGGAGUAUCUAGUUCCAACAGAUUUCGAACCACCUCAAGUCAACCCGAUCAACCCAAAUCCAGGUGCUGAGGCUGAACUGAAGCAGCUCUCGGGUGAGGAGUUUGUGGAUAAGCAUAUGGCUGCUCUCAUUCAGAGGGUCAAGAUGCCGAUGUGUAUAGCAGAUCGCCUGUUAGCGGAGAAAAUGAUCCAACAGGAAAUGUACACAACAAUCCACUGUGCUAAAACCAGUCAGGACCAAAUGAGACUGAUGUUGGAUGCUGUACGAUCAGGAGGAACAAGAGUGAAAUCUGCCUUCUACAAAGCUCUCCUUAACCAUGAUCCUCAUCUUGUCCAGGACCUGGCAGAAGCUUCCCUCUGAUGAAUGUGAUGGCCUGGGUUGGUCCUCGACCGCUGGACAAAGGGCAGCAAGUGGUCCCUCUUCCAGAGCAGGAUGUCACAAUACUACAGUCACUAUGCUCCUAAUCUGCAUUGGAGUGUUGGGAGAUAUGACUGACAGCAGGAAGUCUAUGAUGAUUUAAAGUUAAAGAUGUUAUAGUUCUGUGUUUGUGCUAACAUUCCACUACUUGACACUUCUUGUCAUGCCAAACAGUCUGGCCGCAAGGCAUGACAAGAAUCAAUCAAAAAUCAAAGUUUAUUCAUCACGUGCACAGAAUACACUGUGUAUGAAUGUGGGCGUGCGUGAGUGUGGGUGGGUGGGAUUGUGUGGAGUGGUGUGUGUAGACAGCCAGUGUUUGCAGGUAGACAGUCAUUGAUAAGCUGUUCAGCAGUUUUAAUGCUUCAGAGUUCGCCCCCAGUGAUGAACUGUGCAGCCUUCACCACCCUCUGUAGAGCCUUGUGGUGGAGAGGGGUGCAGCCUUCACCACCCUCCGUAGAGCC